AACUCGUCUUUUGUUGCAUUGACUCAUAGAUUGACUCAAAUCCGUGGCAUUGAGUCAUCGAUUGACGGCAUUUAGUGGACAACCGAUGGUCUCUCGGAUCACAUGUUUGUAACGCUUCUUCAUAUAUUCAAAUUCAUGGCUGAUUUGGUCGAUACGUUGAACAAUAACGGUAACUCCAGUGGCGGUGGAGGGGAUGGGAGUGAGGAGGCGUGUGAUCCGUGCGAACCCCUAAUCCUGAGCCGAUCGGGCGAUUCAGUGGACGCCAGGAGUAUAUUUGACGUG